UGACCCGUUAGGAGAGGAGGCACGGAAGAACGGCUAGUCUUCUCCGUUCGCACGGUAGAAUAGGCGAGUGAGUCGCAAGGCAGGCAGACACGCCGGCCGGAAGCGCGCACGACGUAAGGGAGAUCCCAUUCGGAACGACUUGCUGCUAAUAGUACUGCUGGCUAGCGUAAAAGCGAUCCGGUGAUAAUGCUAUCGUGGUGUUUUGAUAAACCCGUCUAGGCGGGGCCGUGUCAAGCUGGCGGUGCAUUAAUUGGCUGCAAAUCUCUACGAAAAACUAUGCACCGGUGAAACGCGCGAUUCGGGCUGCUGGGAAGUUAUGUUUUCAAAAAGCAGAAUGCUGCUUGGCGGACGACUUUGCGUCGCAAUGUUGUUAGCAGCCGUUGCUGCCGCUGAAGACAAGUGCCCCGUGGCUGCAUGCGGCGAAAGGAGUUGGCCGAAUGGCCGGCCACAGCCUCAAGUAUCGGCGCGCCUGUAUGGCCCUGGCCUCCGAGGAGACUUCAACCUCCCUGCCAGAUACUUUUUUGUACACGUCGUUGACGCUAGUGGCAACAACUUUACAGUAGCAUCCUCGACGAACCUGACUGUGAGUAUCACGGGAACCAACGGCCACUGCAGCAUUUGGACCCAGGUCCUGAGUCGAGGAGAUGGGCUUUUCAUUGUUCGCUACAAGCUCUUUAAAAGUUGUCCCGAAGCACAAGUGGAGGUCAGCUUCAAUGGAUCUCCCCUCGUGGAGUCGCCAGUUGUGGUUAAAGGACCCCUCCACCACGAUGCUUGCAGUUGCCCUGCUCCUUUUGGCAAGUGGCUGUUGCAAACAAAAUGUCCAGCAGUGGAUCCUCAAAUCCUGAAGGAUCUGGCAUGGUUUGAUGAGAUAGACAUGAAGAAAAUGCUUCGUGAAGCCCUUCGACGAUUUGAUCGCCCUGGUUCUGUUAGCUUCUGCCAUUAUGCUGUUAUUAAAAACAAGGUCUACCGAAAGUGCUAUGGGCAGCAUGUUGGAUUCAACAUGUUCAUGGACCAGAUUCUGUUGUCUCUUACUAGAAAGGUGCUUCUUCCGGAUGUCGAAAUGCUUGUGAACCUCGGUGACUGGCCACUUGAGCAGAAGAGCCACACUGGAGUCCGCAUUCCUUUCUUUUCAUGGUGUGGCUCAAAAGGCAGCACCGAUAUUGUAAUUCCCACGUAUGACAUAACAGAAUCGUCUCUUGAAAUGAUGGGCAGGGUGACACUCGAUCUUCUUUCUGUGCAAGGGAACAGUGGGCCAGCUUGGAAAGAGAAGCGUCCAUGUGGGUUUUGGCGAGGUCGUGACAGCUGCCCUGAGCGCCUUGACCUUGUGGCUCUCUCGCGUCGUCACCCGGAUCUGUUGAAUGCUUCCCUCACAAAUUUUUUCUUUUUUCGAGACAAGAUGGAUGUAUAUGGUCCCCAAACCAGCCAUGUCUCCUUUUUUGAUUUCUUUAAGUACAAGUACCAAAUCAACGUGGACGGCACCGUGGCUGCUUACCGGCUUCCUUACCUUCUGGCUGGGUCUGGUUUGGUGCUGAAGCAAGACUCUGAGUAUUAUGAGCAUUUCUACUCGCGUCUCACUCCUAUGGUGCACUAUGUUCCAUUUCAACGCAAUCUUUCGGACCUAAUUGAAAAGCUAACUUGGGCACGUGACCAUGAUGAGGUUGCACAGGGCAUUGUCAAGGAAGCCCAACAGUUUGCAUUGGAUCACCUCUUACCACAUCAUGUGUUUUGUUACCAUGCACAGCUUUUCCAGGAAUACUCUCUCAAGCUGAAACGACGUGCCAAAGUUGCUGAAGGCAUGGAAGAAGUGCCUCAACCUCAUAAUAAGCAGCCAUGUGACUGUGGAGAGCAGCAGAGGGAACAUGAUGAGUUAUAGCCAAAGAUACUCCAUAUACUGAAAGGGGCAGCAUUAUCCGAAUGUGUCGAAGUGGAAUUGUAUUUUGCUACAUUGGCAGAAAGAUGAAUGUACAAAUUCCGUGUGCAUGGCAUGCACAUGGAACAUGCAAAUAGGUGUGAUUAGAAGAUAUGCUUAAAAGGAGUACUGACACACAUUUUCGAAGUUAUAGAAAUACUACUUACAUGCUUCUUGUACAUAAAAAAGAAAAUGACGGCAUGUAUGAAAGUUGGGAAAAUAUUUUAAGACAUUAAUUUGGUACUAAAGUUUGCCUCGAAAGGUCGGACCUGGCAUCAUGAACAUUGGCACAUCAUGAUACAGAGUAAAAUUAGCUGACCUUGUGUAGCAGUAAUCAUAUGUAUGUUAACAGUUCUCAGAAAACAAUAAGCAAGAGUGCUGUGCAUUUUUUUACCUGGCUGUGCUUGCAUGUGGCAACUGCACCAAUUGUGGAAACAUAGCAAGCUAGUUGCAUUGACCUACCGAAACUGGUUCGAAACUUUUUCACAAGUGUCAUAGUAAAUUAUCAAGGGCACUCUGAUGCUUACCUGCAUUUUUUGCGUGGUUGAGAGGGCUUGGACCUUCAUUUAGUGGACAAGUCGAAAAUGUCAUGUCACUACUCCUUUAAAAGAGCUGUUAUGUGGACAUUUCCAAGAGUAUUAUCAUCUGCAGGAAGAGCUGUCUUCACUCUGUAAAGCUUGUGUGUAUACGCUGUUUUCUUCAAGAAUACUCGGUGACUUUGGAUACCAAAAGUAUUUCAGCCAUGUGAGUAGAAUGGUUUCCAGUAUAACUAGUGACGUUUGGCUGGAUGUCUUGGUACUUGAAUGAAAGCAACAUUUUGUUUGUGGAGCAGCUUGUAAACCUUAGCAUUUGUUAAUCACCCAUGUGUCACGCAUUUUCUAAUUCACUGUGUACUUCAAGUAUGAAGUCUUCAGUGGGAGGGAAAUUAAAAUGGCACCAUUUAACAAUGCUCUUGCUUGUUUUGAAAUGCACAUUUUGCCUUGACUACCUGUUCCAAAACAUGCAUACAAAGUAUACUGAUGCAGUGGUGUUACAAGUUCCACAGAAAUUAUUGGCACUGCUAGUAAAGCCAUUCUCUCUCUCCCUUCCCCCCUCCCCUGUCUCUCUCUGAAGCUUUUAUAAUAUUACAGGUGUUCUACAGCCAUAGGCAGUACCUUCUAAGAUAAAGGACCCUGCUUCAUAAAAUCAUACAAACAGAAGCACCUGUUGCUAUGUCUGUGGAGCUAUCUAUUCGUAUUGUCUUUUGGUUUCAGUUGCACUGUAAGUUGACAAACAAAUCGUGUUUAUGUGCAUGACGAACUAUCUGCUGCAAUUUGCGCACGUCGUCAGUCAGUGUAAGCUCUUAUCAUGUAUACUAGUGAUUAGUGUAAGACACUUGUCACUAGUAUACAUAAUUGCAUGCAAUGAAAGGCAAUUGAGAGGCCUGUCUAAAGCAAACUCCCUACCGUAAGCUUCACAUUGUUUUUGGGCCCUCAAUAUUUCUGGUCACAGUGAGGGUGCGUACCUUGCAAAAUAAUUCAUACGUAUUUUAAGCACACUGCAUCAUUAUUGCUGAACAUAUCUUGCUAGGUGUACGGUAUUCAUAUAAGCAAACUUUGUUUCAAGGGUUUAAGCAGUAUAUUGAGCUACAUUCUGUGACUUUUUGCAAAUAUGACUAAACCUCAAAAGCUGUGGAAUAUGGGCUGAUGUGUGAUAGAGAAUUAAGGUGGAGGGUUGAGUAUGUUGAGCUGUUGCUGCGUGCUUUUACCUGCUCUGUCAACUAUCGUUCCUUUCACCAACAUAUACCAGUAGCCCAUGGCAGGACUUCUGUGCCAUAGAGAGGCAAUAAUGUUUCUUUAGCAUUCUAGUGAUGAUGAGUGAGAUUCUUGAUUACCUUCAGGCACUAAUGUACUUUCAUCAGUAUUUCUCUUGUCGAAUUGAUACGUAAAGGGUGUCCCAACUAGCAUGCAGCAAGUUUACAAAAACACUAAGCCCCCUGUGCAGCUGAAACCCCAUGUGCAACAUUAAGGUAAAUGUGAAGAAGCUGAAAGUAUUUCUGAGGAUCUAUUUAAUUAGAUGUUAUCAUGCAUUCGCCCGGUAAAAAGUUAGAUUCUUGACUUAUCAUUUGACGGGGCUUGUUUUAUUUACUGUCACUACAAUGUGACAAUAUCGAUAAUGAUUAAUUUGCUAACCUCACGAACACUUACUUCAUGGCCCAUAUCCUAAAACCAAAAAUUUAGAUUGCCUUUCAAAAGAUAGGAUGCAUCUGUUUGCAGCAUGCUAUCAUUUUUUUGCUCUUUUUUCUGCAUUCUAUUUCCGCAUUGGCUCAUUCAUGUCAUCAUGUUGAGAAUAGGAGUGCUGCACCCAAACAUGCUGCGAGUGCCAUAAUCCAUCCAUUAACAUGGCUGGGCAGGCUUCUAAAUAGGAUGUGUCGGCUUUAUUGGCAAUGGUCACUGAAUUUGUGCUAGCAGCUGGUUUCAAUGUGCGCAGCAAUUGAAGAGAGUGAACCAUAAUUCAUAGUAGCUUGGGUUUUGCAUACUCAUUUCUGUAGCAAACUAUUGAACACACGUCAUUCUAGGCAAGAAGCAAAAGCAUUUAUAUGAAUCCAGCAGCCACGACAAGAUAAAUAUGUCAUUGCAUCUAUGAGACUGCAGUGUCUGGUAUUGGGUAUGUUGUGUUCAUCUACAGUGUGUGUGAAAGCAGUACUGCUGAGGCACACAAGCAAGCUACUUUGAAAUGUUUUUGUGUGUGGGCCUUUUUGUUUAAUACUAAAAAGCAGCUACAGAAAGCAUAACACGCUGCAGAUAAUUGCAUCUGAUGUUUUCAAAGGAUACCCAAGUGUUUUGUAUUGAUACAUAGGCCAGUAAAUGAUUAUUCUGAGAAUUAUCUAGAUAACCAUCAAGUAAUCUAGACGUAAAGUACUGGUGCUCCACGAUAACUAAAAACAGCUGGUUACACCAGCGUAAUGAGCAUCCAUCAGUCUCGGUCUCUCUUUGAUGUGGUGUUUAUUAGUUGGGGCAUUCUAUAGACCCUUUAAAGCUAGCAGUCUGUGCACCAUUGGCCGCCACAGGCCUGCCGCCAUUGAACGCUUUCUGAAUCGGGAGCAAGCAUGCAUCAGCCGCUGCCCGUCGUUCCAGCAACAUUGCAACGACAAGCCAGGAACCGCUUAGUAUUAAUAUAAAAGGGCAGAGGGAAGACAUGCUCUGCCGAGAACUGCAAAAACUGUGACAGAGACUUGAAUUUGUAAUAUGAGACUCUUUGCGAGCUUCAUCCGCCUAAGCUGCACAAGGAGUUGCCCGUAUUUACAACCUUUCACCAUGCAUGCCUUUCCGCAAGGUGAGCAAAGCAAGCUUUACCGCUAGUGCUAGAUGGCCAUUUGUCGGCAAUGACUGCCACGCUAACACCAUCUGCCGCAACAACAGUAUUGCCGCCACCUCUGGCACAAAAUAUCACGGCAUGUUGAACUUCAGUAAGCAUGCAAAUCUGUGCCACAUCCUCCCCCCACAAGCGCAACUGACAUGCUCGAACAACUUUCCAUAACAGCGAAGUCAAGCAUGGAAUAGGUGGGCACUGUGAGUUUUGAUUCUGCGCCGAAAAUCAUACGGCAGGAGAGCUAUUGCUCGGCCACUUGCAACAUUUUUUUACCACAUGGCGUGAAUACAUUUUAAUCUGCGCUGUAAAAAACAAUUCCCAUGUUACCUGAUCAGAACUGGCGACAAGAAUUACAUGGUCGGAGCAGGUCGCGAACGGGCAUUUUUUGCGUGCAUAAAUACAUCUAUUCCCGAGCGAAAUAGUUGCACAGUGAACGGCGAUAGGUGCACGACUGUAACUGCCUUACAAAUCUAUCGCUGCGAAGACUAGAAUAUAAAGGGCUAAAGCAAACAUCAGGCAGCUACAUUUGUCGCCUUCAGCUGGUAAGUGUGCACGCUAUUAAGAUUGCAGCACAGACGGAAUGGAUAAAUUAAAGGUAUAAUUACACUGCCUUUGCAGCUUUGGUCUAAGUUUUGUGUCGACCCACUCACUGGUCACCGUGCUGGCCGAAAUAGCAGUUGUCUGAGCUGUGCCUGCGGUCGCCAUGGCCAUUGUAAACAAGUGAGCAAAUGCCGAUCAGAAGGCACUCAAUGGCGGGUGCUGUCUCUCUUGAGCAAAUAUGGCGGCGCCCAUGGGUAUGCUGUUGUAAAAGGUCUGUAUAGCGACUCCUCCAUUUAUCAUUGUUUGCCAAAGACAGCAAUUUUUGUUGUAUGUUAAGCUGCUUGGUACAUGUUUCUCAGCCCUUUCUGUGUUCUCUGAAGUCAUCUAUGUAGUAAUUGCUUCCAUAGUGAUAUUUUCUAACGCUUUCAAAGUAUUUGGGUACUUGAAUUCAUGUUGAUGACUCAGUAUUAUGCACUCUACUUCCCUCUGGCAUCAUAAAGGCACUGUGAUACAGCAUAUUCUCAUGCUAUUUGAUUGUAAUAGCGUGACAUGCAUGUGUUCGUGAACAAAACUUUGCAUUCUGUGAUUAUGGUCUUAGGGCAUUUGUUUCUUCAGUGCAUGAUGAUGUGUUCCUGUUUGCAGUGUCUUCUUCUGUGACAUAUGUAAAAGCUUUCUCUUAAAACUGUUUACAAUAAAUUGUUCAAUGUUGCUGG